UCAAAGCAUUGCUCUCCGCCGCGCUCGACCGCGACCUCCGCCUGCCGCGCCAGACAGGCAACGUGCGCGACGACGCGUGGUGCAACGACGUCUCGGCGGCGCUCACACCGCUCACACUACUUCCUUGUGCGGGCGCGGGUGCCGGCCGGUAGGCGGCCAAUAAGGUGAGUGUUUGAAAGUAGAGCGCAAUUGCGCAUGCGCAGAGCUGCAUACGAGCGCGCGCUGGGCACCGCGGCCAGCAGCAUCGAUAACGCUCUCCCGCGAGCAUCGCCUGGCCGCCGCCGCCGCCGCAAUUGGCGCAGCAGCAUGGCCGAGCAGCGCGCCGCCGCGCUCGCAGCGCAAGCAGCGGCGCCCGAGCCGCAAGGCUGCUUCUCCGCGUGGAAGCUGGGAGUUGGUCCCUACAACGCGGCUCUGGUCGUCUUUGGAGUGUUCGUCGUCCAGUUUUGGUUGAAUGGCAGCUGGGCCCAGUCCGCCGUCCUCGCGGCGGCUACCUAUGCUCUCAGCGAAGGGAAGCUCCUGGAGCCUCUACGCUUCGCGUGGGUCGGCUUCACGCUCAGCGUCAUCCUCGGGAUCUAUUACAAAUUCAAGCCGUUCUGCUACUGGUUGUAUACCGACGUGGUCGUCAAACCGGUCAGAGAUGGAUUUUCCGAGAUGGACAAGGACCCGCAGCUCGAAGCUGCCGUCGUCGUCUCGCUCUGUCUCGUCUGCCUGUUAUCAGUGAGCUUCGCUCGUGAUGGUCCCAUCUCCAAGAAUCUCGCGGACGUCCUCGGCCGCCUCGUGACAUUCGAGGCCGCAGCGCCGCAGCGAAACGAGCCCAACAUCUACAUCAAUGGCGUGCGCGGCCUCUGCUUGUGGUUGUCGAACUACUGGCGGAGCCAGAACAUGCGGGGCCGCCUGCGCUGGGUGCUCGUCGGAGGCGUCCAAGGCGCCGGCGCGGAGUGAAUGAGUCUGUUCGCACUCGUCGCGCCCCCCCCCCCUCGCUCCAUUCGCCCUGUGUAAAUGAGCUACUGUAAUAUCCGCCGCUACUCCGUCGACCGCUCGUCCGCGAAUUACAGUUCGGCGGCGCCGCGCCGCUCCGGGUACUCCUACCGACCGCGACCCGUGGGAGGACGUCACCCGGCCGUGCAACGCCAACGAUGCGGCCGUCCUCGUGGUUCCGUGGCCCGCGCCGUCGCUCUCCACUGCAAGUCAACCGCCCCUGGUGCCGCAACUGUACAGAAAGAGCCGUACAGUCGUACUCUCCCGGGCGAUAGACCUUCCUCGUUUCGCCGGGCGGGCCGCUCCAGGCCCCGGGCGGGCCGGCCCAGGCCAGCGCUCCAUCCGGAUGGAACGACGGCUUGUCCCCGGCCUGGUGCGCGACGUCGGCGCCUCACCAAAGGCAGCGCGCUCUCGACAACGCAUCGCUCGCUCGCCGCCGCCUGCAGCGCUGCCCGACGCCAGCGAUGGCGGGGAGCUGCUGCCCCUCCACAAGACAGCUACUGAGACGCGGCGCUGCCCGACGACGCGCGCGCGCCCAUUCCUUUGACGGAUGGACGACUGUAUACGAUCAAGACGGCCGACCUCGCGCGAUGCCCGACGAGCUUGUAGGGGCACCGGCGAACCGCUGCGCGCUUUUAAGGCAGCACGAUGAACCGCCAUACACACACUGCAGCCACAAAAACGCGCGGCGCGCGACGAGGGCGUCGCACACACACACUACCGACACACUACGAGCGCGACGCGACACGGCCGGCACGAGAGAAGCGGACGGCACACUUCAAAUUUGUAUGCGACCGCGCGCCUUCAAAUUGCGCCGAGCCCGGAUCGCGGCGCGGGCGACGGCACGGCCUUCAACUUGACGGCGACGGCGCGGCCUCGCGACGGCGGUACGGUGGCGGCCGUGUAUACAUGGAACUCACAAUCGAUGGACGCCGGCGUCCGGCCCAAAGGGGGUCUUCUACAUAAAGGGCCUCCGUCCCGGGUGCGUGUGGCAAUGCAGCGUCUAGUAUUAGAGACGCAAUCGCGCCCAGAAACAAUCCAUGCGCAGGUACAACGAGGGGUACUACCUCCUUGCAUCUUGGGAUUUUGGGAAGCUCUAAGCCACACCUAGUUGGACCACUGGGGCAUCGCCUCGUCGGCAGCGGUCUGACGAUCGGCGUCUGAGUACUAUGUAUACCUACAGUGAUGUGGAAGCAAUACAACCGGACACAGUGAUAGUGCGUUUUACGUGGUUAGUCAUUUGUUGUCAAGGGACUGCGCUUCUGCAUCGCCGUGCAGGGCUUCACGUGCGGCAGCGUCGAUUCGAUUAUGAAGUGGUACAUCAUGUGGCGGCGUGUGCUGGACAAGUGGCGGUGGCCGCCACGAACUACUAGACAUGUUCUCUACAAGUUCUGGCCCUACUCCACGCCUCAUCGUGGUGGUAGGUCGCCUCGUAGUACGAGUUCGGGCCCGAGCUGGUGUAUUUUUUAGCGAAACGUGCGGGUUUUCAGCGAUUUAUUCAUGCGACGCGGGGCCACGCGAAGCGAUUCAGCGCUGAUCUGUGGUUGUUUCUGACGUCGCUCCAGCGAGCUCUUAUUACAUCGCGACGUCUACCUCUCUACAAAGCACACAUACAGAGUCUCAUAGACAUGUCUCAGCAGAGGCAAAAAGCCGCACGGCGGCCCUACGAGUCAUUCCCUUGGAUUGGUACCCGUUUGCUCAGGUUCUUUUUCUUGUUUUAUGGAUCUGGUGUGGUGGUCCUGGGCGUCUGCGCGGCGAAGGCCGGCUUCGGCGCGGCGGCGGCCCACGUGCGGGCCUACCAGCGCGCGCGCCAGCGGGCGAGGGAUAGGGUUUGGACUGAUGCGGGCGAGUACGGAAGCCGCUUCUGGACUGAUGCGUGUGUGUUAGAACACCUCCGCGGCCGCAACUCCAAGCCCUCGCACCACGUGAGCGCGGUGCCGACUCGAGACAUCUGCACGCUCAGUUACGUCGGCUACGCCCUCAAGGAGCCCCAGGCCAUGGCCUCGGCCAGCGCUACCUUAGAAGACUUUUUGUCAAACGGUACGGUGCUUUGCAGCCCGUUCGGCGACUGCGUCAUCGUCCCCAGCCACGGCGCGAACGGUGGCCUCGAAGGCAGCUGCGCGGUCACCUUCGUCGGCGAGCGCGCCGAGGCGCACCGCAUAGAAGAGCGCGACGCCGUCGAUCACGCCUGCAUCUCCAACCUCUCGCACUACAACGCGAGCUCGGGGCCGAUUCGGGGCUCCGUCCUCAACGACGUCUGCAAUCUCAGCGACGCGCGCUCCCUGGUCGGUUCCCACGUCGAGGAGUCCCAGGCCAUGGUCUGGGUCAGCGCUACGGUGAAUGCGUCGAUGCCGUGGCUGAAGUUCGGUUCUCUGGCGGCGGCGUGCGCCGGGCCCCGCCGCGCGGUAGUACCGUUGCUUUUAUCUACGUCGGUCAACGGUGUCAGUGCCGCCGACGACGAAAGAUGGGUCACGACGGUACGCAGAAGGUUGGACGGGAUUGUUAGCCGUCUCGAGAGGGACGGAGGACCGCAUCCCGGGGUUGAAGUAGUUGGAAAGUGCCUCAGGUGGUGGGAAUCGUCCGCCGAGGAAUCGUCCGGCGAGGACUACUACUUCAUGAAGAUCAUUCAUUAUGAUGAGACGUCCAAGAUGCACGACUGUACGUAUAUUGACUGCUACGAGGACGGAGGGCACUGCUCUGAAGAAUCCGAACGUAUCGACCUCUCAAAGAACCCGGACAUCAUACCUUGCAAGGAAGAAUAUGUAGGCUUGACGAUCAAGGUCUACGAGGGUAUGUGCUCCGAGAAUUAUAAGGAGGGAAAGAUAGUAUUCUACGACGAGUCUACGGACGAGUUCGUCAUGAAAUUCCCGGACGACACGGAGGAACGUCAUGUUCUAGAAGUGCACAGCAUCCAGUUCUGCGACGUGCCGCGGGACAUGGAGGUCUGCCCCUACGGCGCCGACGACCCCUGCGAGGGCGCGUGCGAGAACGACUGCAAGAUGGACGAGGUCGGCCAGACCUGCUCCGCGGAGGGCCCCGAGGAUGAUGGCGACGGCGACUGUACGAUGAGCCUCUAUAAGCCCGGCGACGCCGUCGAGGUGAAAGUUAACGGGAGGUACUACGCCGCGAUUGUAAAAAGAGUGAGAGAUUCAGACGGUCGUUUAGCAGUCUUUUACAAGGUGCCUUAUCCCCCGCCGGGGAAGAACAGCGAGUCCGGCAUCGAGCUGUCGCGCGUCCGGUGGCCUACUGAUGGCGAGGAUUGCUCCGAGGACAACGCCGAAGACGACCCCUACGAACGUGGUCACCGCGUCGAAGUGAAGGUCAACGAGGAUUGGUUGCCGGGGAAGUUGGAUCGCCAAAGGAAAGAAGGCACGUGGUAUGUUAUUUAUGACGACGGCGAUACCGAGAGCGGUGUCCCCGAGUCGCGCAUAAGAAGGGUUGAUGAUGAGGAGGAGGACCCCGUGGACCCCCUCGUCAACACUUGCGUUCUCACGGAGACUAAAGAACUAGAAGCGACGAAGAAAGUACUCGAGGCGUUCAACGUGGUGCCGGACAAGACCGGGUUGGCUCAUCUGAUGGAGACGACGAACAAAGCCUUGACGAUCAAGCUCGAGAACCACGUCACGCUCUCGCGGGAGACGGACUGUUUUACGAAGAUGCGGAGCGCUGCGCCCACGUUCAUGAUGUGGAAGCGCUGUACGAAAUGGGCUCUUCAGCGGUGUGCAUGGUGGAAAAAUCCGCGGUCCAAUCCCGAAAAUCAGAAAGCAUCGGACAAGGUCGCCUUGCAAUUAUGUCCGCUUUACGAGAGCCUCGGCGUGACUAGUUUUCACGGCCGCGUCAAGGGCCCGUACAGGGUCGUCUCUCAUGUGAGCGAGGGUAAACGAGUGCGCCACGGCCAGCUGACGAGUGUGAAGAAAGGUGCAGGUUGGCACCUCGGGACCGACAUUACCUGCCUUAUGUAUAAGGGCGUACAGAUGGCGGUGCGGCUGGACUACCUGGAUGAGUGGAUCCCGGAGCGCUUCUCCUGCACGUUCGCGAAGUACAGCGCGACGCGCACGCUGGCCCUCAACUGGGCCGAGGGCUUCUUUGGGGACGAAGAGCUCUGCGACGCCUGUCAGUACCCGCGCGACGCGAAGGCGCGGAAUUGGGAUCUCCUACAAGCACCUUUAAAGAAGGGCGCCGUGAUGUACGUGGGCGUCUCGGGGGCGCACUACAUCAAGCACGCGCUCAAGAGAAACUCCGAGGGUUUGAAUCCGCCCAUGUUCAUCGGCAAGGUGUUCGACGCGACGGACUACGACGCGUCGGACUGCUCCCUCAAAGACAUUGCGCCGAAGGAUCGCCGCGCGGACGCCGAUUAUUGGGAGAAGUUCGUUGCGCAUCACCGCGUCGACGCGAAGCUCUACGAAGCCUUAGAUGCAGCGGGGCAGAUUCCCUCGUUGAAGACGAGCCGAGGGGCCGUGUCUCCGGUCUUCGAGUACAACCAGCUGGUGGUCCCGUUGGACGUCGGCAGAGGCCUCUCCCGCGGCACUACGGACGUGGCCAAGGGCGUCGAGAUCGGGUUCGUCUUCAAAAAGGUCUUCUACGGGAACGAGCACACCUUCGAGAACCUGAAGAAGUGGGAUCCCUCGUGGCAGAUUACUAAGGACUUUUUGCGGUUGGCGGGCGUGGCGUCGUUCGACGAACUCACGUUAGCUCCGCUGCCGAAGAAGCCCGGGUACGUGAUCGACUACGGGUUCCAAGGGAUUCGCUGGCUGCCCGCGGGCCAGGUUGCGUCCUCGCCGGGAGGAGGGUUGCGUGUGAAGCGCAAGCGAGACGAGAAGGACGGCCGGGAGAUGCGGUGCUACCGCGCGAACUGCCCGUACAAGAAGGCAUGCGGUUCCGAAUACCAGUGGUUAUACUGCCCGCAGAACGGGGUCUGGAAGGACGACGCCGUGCUCGAGUCGAAAGAGUUCGGGGUGCAGUGCCCGAAGUGUCGGCGGGGGGGUUGCAAGUUCGUGCAGUAGAGCAUCACGGAGGCGCGAAGCGUAAGGGACCGAAGCCAUCAUUAGACUAAGUGGUGGGGAGAGAGGGAGUGGGGAGAAGCGUUCCUGCGAGCCGUCCUCCAGACAGAUGUAGCACGUCUGGCCUUGCGUGUCGUUCGCGCACUCUUCGACGGCGUCCGCGACGGCCUCCUCGUAUUCUUUGUUGGCGUGGUGUUGUUCCGCGCCGCCGCCGCUGGCUAUUUCAUCACACUCGUCGUCGUGGCCGCCGCGGUGCGCGUGGUAGCGGAGGCAUCGAUCACUGCAGUAUCUUGUUUGACAAUUCACACAGUGCGCGGGGGCGUCGUGCUCGAGGGGCUUGGCGCAGGCCGCGCAGGUGGUCAAGAUCAUUUUUAAUCUCUGUCGUGGUCCCGCGCGCAAAAGCUAGAUAUAUCUAGAUACUCGAGGCUGCCCAGGAAACCCGUUUUGUUUGGAACGGUGCGACGCCGUCGACGCCGUCGACGCGACUAGAACAACCGGACGCUCACGGGAAAGAGACAACUACAGACAAACAAAAUUAAGCCGUCGCCAGCCCCGCCGCCUCGCGCACCUCCUGCUCCCGAGCCCGCGCCGCCGCCGCCUCCAGAGCUGGUAGCGCCGCGCGCGCCCCGGCCUCGUUGAAGAGCAUGUACCGGUUGUCGCGCCGCUGAUACAGCCCCGAGGCCUCGUCUCUAUCGAACGCGUCGAGGGCGUCCUCGCGCCGAUUGCGCGGUCGCGCCGGCACGCGGCCCCGUUCGCUCCGCAGGCAGUGCGCGAGCGCUCCGUCCCGCAGCCAGUCCUUGGACCGCGCGUGGGUACAGUACAACGCGACGCUCGCGUCCGUCGACAGUGAAGACCGCUGCCGCGCGAGCAACUCCGGAUCCAAAGCUCGUGCAUAGAACGCGUGGGCCUCCCUUAGCUCUUCGAGUCGCUGCUCCACUUGGUGGACGACGCCCGGCGCAUCGAGUGACGGCGCGUCCGUCUUCAGGGACGCGCACGGUCUUAGUGAAAGACGCUUGCGUAACGCGUCUCGAUCCACGUCGUCCCUGGGCCGGUCGCCUUUCACAGGCCCGGCGAGGACCUCGACCUCGCCCAACACCGCGGCGCAGACGUCCCUCGCACUACAAGACUGGGGCAGUCCUUCAUAUUUACCACUCUCUAGUAUCUUGGACACGCCCGCCGCCCUCGCGACUUCGAGCACCCCGGCGCAAUCCGACGGUGUCAAAUCGCGCUCCUUUAACGCCUCCGUGAAGUCUUCGUGAGCUCUUUCAGCUCGUCUCGACCGCGCCUCGGCGUCCACAUCACCACGUGAAGGCCGCUCCAGCAACCCGGGGUCCGCGGCUACGCGAGCGUACUCCCCAUAUUGCCUCUCGCCUCGAGCAUCGACGUCGAACUGCAGCCUUCCCACGAAAGUAGAAUCAGACUUGAUGGACGCAUCCAGCGCCGCCUUCGAGGCCGCCGCCUGCGCCUCCAAACCUUCCACCGUGACAGGCGUAGCACCGAACAGCACCCGCACCAACCGCUCAGCCUUCUGACACGGGUCGUCAUCGUCCGAUUCCUCCUCGAUUUGCGACACGGGCGACGCCCGCUCCCGCAGAUCGUCGUCGAGCUUCGGAGGCGUCUCUGGUACUUUUACCUCUUCCUCGAUAGCUAUCCCUUCAUCGUCGUCGUCCUCGGGAAUCGCCAGAGCCGCCACAUUUGACGAACCAAGCGCCAGGAAGCGCUUCUCCACCGUACCAGACGCGUCUAAGUCCGCCGCGAGCGGCACGGGCGUACUAGAAUCAGCUUGUAGUAUUUUGUCGAACUGCGUGAGCUUUGAUGGUUGAUGCACUCGUUCAAAACGGUGCUUCGAGGCCUCCUCCAAGUUCGACGAUUCAGUACUUUGUAAAGAUGCGUCAUAGGCUUCGAGCGCGUCGCGCCACCACUUCGACAGCAAGUCGUCGCGCCGAUGGCAUCUUCGUACAACCCUCGCGCGAACAUCACCCUUAUCAUCUUCCUCACUAUCAGAUAACCAAGCAUCCUUCUUCACGGCCAUCGUCAGGAGACACCCUUCUUGCACUUUGACGUUGUGGAGGUAGUAAUCACUAUCGAGGUCCCAUAGGGGUAUAUCUUCUUCUGAGGGAGUAAACGUCCCCAGGAACACGUUGAUGGCGUCCUGCUUCAAUCUAUCGGUAAACGCGUUCGAGUAGUACCUUCUUAUUGAGGUAAGCAACUCUUGGUGUUUGGGCACUACGGUCACAGAUUCGCCUCGUCUUAUGCCCGCGCGCUUGUGGGCUUCGCUCCCACCAUACUGGAGCGAAAGAGCAUCUCCCACAGCGGAGUAGAGCUCCAUGAGCACCAGCAACAACCGCGAACCCGGUUCUAAGGACGAGCCUCGGACAAAUCCUAACGCAUCAACACAUCUCGCGAGUGCCACAGCCCCAACAGCGAACUGCGCCACGUUCGUUCUGUCUAGGCAAUCAAUACAAUUCGACCGCAGCACGCCUCGCUGGAGCUGGACCUUCGUGCCUUGACACUGGAAGAACCGCGUCUCGUCGAGCGUCCACGCGGCCACAUCACUGAGAGCGUCCAGUACUGUCGGUUUCUUCGAUCUAGAAGCCGCCGAGAAAUCUAAAGCACAGUACCGCACUUUGGUCUCUGAAGGUAAACUCGUGUUCACACAUUCAAUAGCUCUCCGGAACUCCGCACUGACGACCGUCUCUCGGGCGCGCCGCUCCACAUGCUUCGUCAAGUCCAAAACCAUGCAGGGCCCGCCGUAUCUCUCCAGUAAAUCGGCAAAAUGCUUUUGCGACGCCGUAUAGGUAGGAUCGACGCGAUCCACAAUGAUCGGAGGCUUCGGUAACGUAACACUCGUCGCCUGCGUCCAGAAGAUGGGGAUGGAUCCACGGACUUGGACAUACGAAGCGAAGCCGCCGGCCCCAUAACCCGGCGCGUGCGUGAUCUGCUCGAGCUCCACAUCAUUUGCCACGUUUCCCGUAUCCGACGCGCCGCGCUUCAGGUAUCGCGUCCCGGCGAAGUGUCGUGACCGGCGCGCGAUCAGCGUCACGACGAGACUCCUCCCAAAGAGCGCGCAGGUCCGCUGCACGAAUGCGCCAUGUACUAAUGUGACGCACCACCGGCCCGCGGAGGAACCGAGGGCGUCUCGUAACUCUUUCACAAGUUUGUGGUUCCAGGCGUAACUGCUCCGUCGCGAUGGUUCCAGAGGUGGUAUAUCGGAAGCCGGGUCCUGACUUGACAGAGGUGCUUGGGCAUGCAUCACGUGCUGCAGCGUCUGCGUGAGGUCAUACGCGUAGGAGAAGUAGAAAUCUUUUGAGAGAUCCACGAAUUGGAAGAGACUGACGUAGCGCUGCUCCGCGGUCUCGCGCUGCGUCGGGUUCAAUCUGCGAUUCGUCUCCGCGACGAAGGAGCGGAUUAAGGAGCGAUCGUCGGACUUCGUUGCUGCGGGUCGGAUAGGUAUCAAUUCCGUGGCCUUGAUGCCAUAGAUCGGGGCACCUCCAAUUCUACCGACCUUUCUCCGUUGCGUGAUCAACACGCAGUAGUAGCAGUCCAAGAAGCGCACGAAGCCUAGUAUGCCGUAACCCGUAGCUACUCGCCGCAACCCGCCUCCUUGUUUGUUCCCCUCGUGCGCCAUUUCCAGCACAUCUCGCAACUCGUCCUUCGAGUAGGAGGACGCGUCUUCUUGAGCUAAGUCUAUGAGAGAGGGCGCACUUCUUCUCAGGACUUUCAAGACGCGGUACUUGAGUUGCUGGCGGUCGCAGCCCACCACAUACAAAUGCUGCUGCGUCUCGUAGAUGACGAAUUUCUCCAGGCCGGCGCAGGUGGGCUCGCAGGCGAGGUUCAUCUUUCUUGCUUGGCGCGCGUCGGCGCUUUCACUUUGUGUUGCGAGACCUUGUGCUUGCCAGGGCUGCUCUCCUCACGCUUUUGCCAUGGCAGCUGUGUGGAGCUUUUGGGUCACGUAUGGAUGUGACGUUUGAACACUACUAAUCACUACUCAAUGCGUUAUGGCGGCUGCGGCUGAUAAUCAGCACAAAAAGCUGGGAGCCUAGCGGACUGUAAGACACUAGGGAUCCUCAGCAAACUCAGCAAACACCCACAAAAACAUCUCUGGCCAGAAGGCUCGUCGCAAGAGGUGGCCGCGGUCGCCGACCUCGCCGAGAGACACUUCAGAGACCAGUACAACUUAGGACGACGACGACGCCGCGCCCGCGAGACAAGAGAACUUGGAACAAAGAACGAGGACAGAGACGACGGCGGAGACACGAAUUCACCAGCGCCGGCGCCGCGCCGCCGCGGCCUGCUCGUGCGCGCGCCGCCGCGCGUUCGCGCGCUCCGUCGGGCGCAGGCGGGCCGCCGGCGCCGGGGCCGGUGCCGGCGCCGGCGCGGCGACGGUCACGGGCGCCGGCGCGGGCGCCUGGAGCGGCGAGGGCGUCUGCGUCUUUUUUUCGGGCGUCGGCAGCACGGCGCCGCGCGCCGCUAGCGCUGCCGCAAGUAACGCGCGGGAGACCUCGUCGAGCGUCUCGGGAGGGACCUGGACGUGGGCGAGGGCGAGCCUGCGUGUCACGAGAGUCAGGCCGCGUGACGGGUCGGGACGCGGUUUGACGGACGCGUCGGCCGGCGGCAGCUCGGCCCAGCAGCGCUCUAGGGACGCGGCCGCCGCCGCGGCGAGGCCUGGUGGCAGCGGGCCCGGGCUCCUGGCCUUGCCCGGCGGCGUGCGCGCGGCCGCGGGCCGCGCGAGGAAGGCCGCGAGGUCCGACUGCGCCUCGGGCGCGACGUCCGCGGGCGUGACGCUGGGGGGCUCCUGCGCGGCCGUGCGCGCGCGCUUGGGCGGCGGCACAUCGGCCAUAACAAGGCACCAGAACACGAAAUGGGCAGCCCUGCUCUGCGUCUGGCGCCGGGCGGUGGUCCCGACGCGUCGGGGCAGCACACUGUAGUCGCGGCGUGCUACGGCGGCGGCGGCAAAAGGGAUUUGACGCGCGUUCGGCUGCGAUGGCAAGGUGUUCGGCUGCCUCUGAAAUGGGGACCUCGCUGGUGCGGGCGGGCUGCAGGCGGGGAUCUUACGCGGGUAGAGGACUCCUCGGGGUGACGGCAUGUCUUGCGACGUGCCUCCCGGGAUGGGUCUUGCUGGCUAGUGUCUCACGGCCGCUAGCAAAAAACGUUUGCCAAACGCCACAAACGCCGCUUCGCUUGCGGCCCACGCCGCGCUGAUCGGGCUGACUGUCGACGUACAGCGCGCUGCGACCCCGCGGACCGCUGCCUGCGAACGACGCCGCCUCAGAAGACGUGGAAACCCCCAGACGCUGCGGAGGCAACAGACGAGACAUGGCCGCCCGCCGCCCGCUCGGGACCCUCACCAACAACAUCCAGCCCGCCGCCGCGCCGCCGAAACCAGCCCCGAAACCGGCCGUCUACCGCUGCGACCACUGUUUUAGUUUUACGGGCUCGUACGCGGCCGUCGCGGCGCACGAGGCGACCUGCCCCUGCGCCGCGCCGUCUAUCAAACGAGAAGCGGCGGCGCCGCCGCCCGCCGCGCCGGCGCCGAAACGCCGCGUCCCGCUCUGGGUCCUCGUCUGCUUCCUCUGGGCGGGCUACGAGGCCGCGCGGCCUAUUCCCCAGCCCGUCUGCCCCGCGCGGCCGCGGCCCUUCGACGAGAUUCUCAUCGAGCAGCUCGCCGACGUCGCGGCGUCUGAAAGUACUGCGCUCGUCGUGCACGAAGAGGUGGGUUACGGCGUCGCGGGGAAGCUGGGCAACGCCUUCCUCAAGGCGUUGUUCGCACCGGUUCGUGUGUUGCUCGCGCCCUUCCGCAUGAUGUUUCGGCGCCGCUAGAGAGAAAUAAGAUAAAGACCUUACAGCCGGUCCACGAGCCCGAUGCCCAGCACCUCCUCCAACCCCAACCGUAAAGCAGCCGCCGUCGCGGCACACAAAGUCGCGCGCGACGCCCUUAUGUCAUCACUCUCCGCUUUCAGGACGGGACAGCUCUCGUAGAAGCGGUUGAAGAUCUGCGCCAGCUCGAACAAGUAGUCGCAGAGCGCGUUCGGCCGUAGUUCUCUCUCCAGAUCGACAAUCGUGGCAGACAAGAGAGCGAGGUGCCUCGCGAGAUCGCGCUCGGCAUCCUCCUUUAGCACAACCUUUCCCACGCCGACCUCUUCUUGGGCCUUCCUUCUUAUACCGUUGAUCCGAGCAUAACCGUAUAACAUGUAAGGCGCGGUGUUGCCCGAUAAACUCAACAUCUUCUCGUAGGAAAACUUGUAGUUCGACUCCCUAUUGAGAGAUAAAUCAGCAUACUUCACCGCACCAAUUCCGACAACCUUCGCUAGCUCUGUGAGAUCCUCGGCAUCCGAAUCCCGCUCCUGCAACUCCGUCAGACACCUUGAUUCGGCUUCGUCGAGUAGAUCCUUCAGCCGUACCGUUUCACCACUUCGCGUGGCGAACUUUUUGCCGUCCUCGCCCUGCACGAGUCCAAAGGGGACGUGUUCCAGAGACAUAUCUCCGAGUUCUUGCGAUCGUUGUGCUGCUUGAAAUACGGCCUUGAAGUGUCCUGACUGACCCGCAUCUGUCACAUAUAGUACCCUAUUAGCUUUUAGCUCCUUGGAGCGGUAGUCGACGGCCGCCAAGUCAGUAGUCGCAUAUAAAAACCCACCGUCCGACUUCCUGAUGAUGAGGGGUACCUUUUCCUUCUUUUUAUCUUUUUCGUCGAACACUACCAGAGCGCCAUCGGAAACUUCCGCGACGCCUGAGCUUUCGAGCUCCUCGACGACGUUCGAUAGUCGGUCGUUGUAGAACGACUCGCCCUUCUCCUCUAAACCACAUACACUCAAACGAUCAUAAAUGGCAUCGAAUUCUACUCUAGAAACGUCACAUAACUUCCGCCAGGCGUCGAGCGUCGCAGCGUCGCCUUUCUGCAGCGAGACGACCCUUUCUCGCGCUCGCUCCUUGAAGUCGCCGUCGCUGUCGAAGCGCUGCUUCGCCUCCUUGUAGAAAGCAACUAGGUCGGAGAUCGAAGCGUCCGUGUUGUCCCCGAGAUGCUCGAGCAGCAUACCGAACUGCGUGCCCCAGUCGCCCACGUGGUUUUGUCUUAUGACAUCGUGGCCUCUCAAUUCCAAACAGUUCGCGAGGGCAUCCCCAAUAAUGGUAGAUCGUAAAUGCCCAACAUGCAUCUCCUUGGCGAUGUUCGGCGACGAGUAGUCGACGACGAUCGUCUGCUUUUGUGAUGCUUUCGGGAGUCCGCAGUUUUCUUCCGUGGCCAUGGCUUCCACUGUCGUCGAGAGAUAGUCGUCCGAUAAUCUCAUAUUCACAAAACCCGGGCCCGCGACCUCGAGGGGCGUCGCUAAUGUGUUCUGAACAGUAGCAUCGGCCUCCAACCGCUCCACUAAUUCCGUCGCGACCUCUCUAGGGUUCUUCUUCAGGGGCUUGGCGAUGGCCAUGGCCGCGUUGCACUGGAAGUCGCCGAACGUCUUUUUUGUCGCGGGCCUUAGUGCUGCUUUUGAGGGGUCAUUAUAUUCAGGCCCGAAGGCCGCGCCCAAUGCCGAGGCGACGGCCUUUUCGAGCACCUCGCGCGGGUCGCCGGCGGCCGCGAAGGCUCGCGUGAAGCGCGGCCGCUUGGCGGCCGGGGCGACGAGGGCCCGCGCCACGCCGGCGAGCAUGAGGACGACGAUUGGUCGCAUGGAUCGACGCCGCGCGCGUCCCGCACUCGCCCGGUCCCUCCUUUUGUGAGCGUCGCGCGGGUGCGCAGGACUGCUGCAGCACUUGCCCUUGGCUCUCCCGGCGACGUGUCCUGCAGAGGUCGCUGCGUGCGUACGUGAGCUGUCGUAGCGCUGUAUCAGUGCGUAACCUGCCGCAAGCACACGCUUUUAGCUACGCUGUGCAGCUCUGCGGCUCAGUUGCAUCAAGAGUCGACAGCCGGGCCUAGCGGCAGUAAGACACUAGCAAACACGGCUCUCAAGCUCUGCAGCUAAUUUGGGCUGUUCCCCGUGCGCUGCAGCAUUCUGUGGGUGUCAGCGCACGCCUCGCAACGUCUGCCCCAUACGCCCUCGCCGCGGCAGCCCUAAGGGAGCCAGAUCCACAUACUCACGAGGCUGCUCGAGUGCUUAGCUGCCACGCGCGCGUGAUCGUUCGCGUCUCCUCCUUGCGAGGCUGCCUCGUAGUUCACUAGCUGCCAUAAACGCGUGAUCGUCAUGGCUGCGCUGACGAACCCCGCCGGUGCCGUCACCGUCAACGUCGGAGGCACGGUCUACAUGACUACCCUGGCCACGCUCACGAGAGUCGAGGGCAGCAUGCUCGGCGCGCUGGCCGAAGCCUUGAGCGACGGCGAGGUGCUGUUCAUCGACCGCGACGGUCCGUCCUUCCGGUACGUCCUGAACUAUCUACGAGACCCGUUCGCGAAGCCGCUGGUCCCCCGCGACCCGACCGACGGACCAGCUCGCGCGAGAGGUGGAUUUCUAUGGUCUCCCAGGACUACUCAGCCGCCCUUCUACGACUGAGGCAGCGGGAGGUGACUGGAGAGUCACUCCAUUCAAGGUUCAAGAGGUAACUCCAAAAGAGAUAAGAGCCAUUUUCUCUGGAAAGAAAUAAUCUCUAAAUGACAAAAACAAAAACAACUAAACGCACAAAACAACCACACCACUAAAUGACCAACUACUAAUUGAAUAACUGUCGGUACUGCGGUACCAUCAGGAUGAUCCACCUUAUUGAAAUGUUAAUCUAAAAAUGUUAUCCUCCUUGCCGCGAUUUCAUGAUUAUCGCAAUCUGAUCACGAUCACGACAAUGGGGGAGUGCAAUGGAAAUACACGUCUAGUAGGAUCCCAAGGUUCAACUGAGACGUAUCCAAGCACAACCCGUACUUGUAUUACCCGCCUAGGCUACUUCCCAUCCUAGGGUACUCCGAUAUCCCCUUAGUAGGGGGAAGUCGCCUCUCACUCCUAACUAUUAUCAUCCUGAGUCACUUUUAUUGACGGACGCAAUUCCCCGUCACAAACCCCAUCAAACAUGGGAGAAACUAUUUCGUUAGACGACUACACUACGCUGCCGGGGAAGUCCGGAGCCACACACUCUAUUUCCUUAUGCAUCGCAGUAUUCUCAUGAUACUUGUAGUAAGUUUGGUUCAACGAUAUAAGUUAACGCCCUAGAGCACGGAAUCCAGCGCCGCGGCCCACUCCGCAUCCGAAGAGUGCUUCUCGGCCGCCGCCGUCGUGACGCCAAAUUCUUUCCCCUCGGCGUCGUCGCGCGCGAGUGACCUGACCAGCGCCUGGCAGACCUGGACGCGCCCCGAAUCGCCCGGCGACGCGUCCGACGCGCAGGCCGUGAAGACGGCCCUUAAACCCGGUCCUUCGGCCGAGUCGCCUGGCGUCAACGCGACGCCCCGCGUGUCGCAGUCGAAGAGCAACUGCCAAUUGACGAUGUCCUUCGCAAGGUCAUCAUAGAGCUUCUCGGACAACGUCGGAACGUCAUCCGGAAUGGGGUCGUCCGGCGACGCCGGCCCGCCGCCCUUCAGCGUGCCACAUCUUACGAUGGUCAAACCGGACCCUUCUCUACUGGCAAGUUUGGACUUGAGUUUGUUUUCGAAGUCCCGGUACAUCUGGACCUGCUUGUCCGAGGCGGCCCAGACCUCUUUGUUCGCGGCCGUUUUCGAGGCCGCGACGAAGGGACCAUAGCCCUUGCCAUUUAAAUGUUUUGACAGACACGCUACCCUCUUAGCACCACCAGUAGCGGGCAAUACGACAUCUAACAGAGUAUCCGUCAGCGUCUGCUCGGCAUCGAAGGCGAUGAUCAGACCGUCGGCGUUCGCGACGGCGUCGUUAAAGGCUUCAACAUCUUCGUCGCGCGUGACGCCGAGCACUGUCAAAUUCGGGUCUCUAGGUUCUUCCCUAGCUUCGGACCAUAACAGUUGCGUAAAGAGCUCUUCCCUGGCAGAGACGAUCGUCGUCUUGUAGCCCAUCUUCGCCGCCGUUUUUGCUGCUAGUAAAAAGACGGGGCCGUUGCCGACGGCCAAGACCCGGCCGCCCGGCGGCACGGCGGCCAUUGUGACGGCUGUUCGCCGUCGCUGCGGCGCCUGCAGCGCCGCCGCGGCGGCUAUCAGGAGCGCAUAUCGCGUAUGCCUCGCCAUCUGUCAAUUGUAUGAAGCGCAAACUUUUGCGGCGUAGUUAUGCGGCAACCAGUAGUGCGAUUCACUGGCUCUGAGGCAGCUAUAUUGAUUAAUAUGCUGCGUCCCAGCCGCGCGAUCUAGCUGCAGCUGCUACAUGCCGGGUUUUGUUGCGCAGCCAGCUACCUCUUUAGCCGUCGAACGAAGCUUCAGCAGACGGACCAACGACGCAUCCGACGUUGGGUUCCAACCGGCGAGGUCGAUAGCAGGCAACGUGUGCUGCCUCUCGACAAAAAUCGAGGCUGCACAGCAUCCAGCGAUUGCAAGACGUGCGCGACGCAUUGCAUUUGCAACGGUUGCAGCACCACACCAACUGCACGCAAUCGCCGCAGCAUUUGCAACACACAAUAAGCACAGCGAGCACAGCCUUGCCAGACAGCAGCACAAGCCAUCACCGCGAAACAUCCAAAAUGGCCGCCCAGACCCCCCAAACGACCGGCGACUUCACGAACAAGCAGUUCAGCGAGCAGGAAGUCGCCAAUAAGGUGAUAGAGCAGUACUCCGAGGCGCACGCGCGGACCUUCUACAAGUACGUCAUGGGCGGCGGCGGCUACGACAUCCACUACGGCAUGUUUAGGACCGCUACCGAUGGUGUUUUUGAAUCCUCAAAAAACACGAACGCCGCUCUGCUGCGGUUACUAGAUCAGACGCGGCCGGUGACCAAAGACUCCGUAGUGUUGGACCUGGGCAGUGGCCACGGCGGCCUGUCGCACGAGAUCGCCCAGACCUUCGGCUGCAAAGUCAUCUCCUUCAACAUCUCGCCGGAACAAAACCAGAUGAAUUUAGACGAGGCUAAAAGAUUAGGUGUGGGCGAACUCAUCUCGGUGAGGUGUGGCGAUUUUAAUGAUCGUGCGAACUUUCCCCCGUCCGACUUGGGCGAGGUGACCCACGUUAUUAGUUGUGAGGUCUUCUGCCACGCCGCCUCGAAGCCUAAUUUGCUCGCGGACGUGCGCAAGAUCGUGCAGCCCGGCGCCGCGUUAGUUUUUACGGACAUCAUGGGCGCGGAUGGGGCCGACGAGAAGGCUCUGAAGGACUUCACGGACCGCAACGCCACGACGGCCAUGGCCCGUCCCUCCCAAUACCUCGAUUGGUUGAAGGCCGCCGGGUUCUGCCAUGUGGGCUUCUUUGAUGGAUCCGGCCACUUACUGCCCUACUUCUCGGCGAUGUUGGAUGUGUGCCACAAGCAGGGCGCGGCCAUGGUGAAGGACGGCGUGCCCCAGCCCUACCUCGACAAGUGGGUCGCGUCGCUGACCGACCGCGUCGCGAUCCAAAAGGACAAGGCCGUGUUUGCGUGGGGGUUGUUUAGUGCCCGCGCGCCGGGGCCGCUCUACUGA